AUGGAGGCCCAGGUCGGUGAAGGUGGCGACGCUAACAGUAGCGGGAAAGGUGACGACGCUGACAGUAGCGAGGGAGGUGGCGACGCUGACAGUAGCGAGGGAGGUGGCGACGCUGACAGUAGCGGGGAAGGUGACGACGCUGAUAGUAGCGGGGAAGGUGGCGACGCUGACAGUAGCGGGGAAGGUGGUGACGCUAACAGUAGCGGGGAAGGUGGCGACGCUAACAGUAGCGGGGAAGGUGACGACGCUAACAGUAGCGGGGGAGGUGACGACGCUAACAGUAGCGGGGGAGGCGACGACGCUGACAGUAGCGGGGGAGGCGACGACGCUAACAGUAGCGGGGGAGGCGACGACGCUAACAGUAGCGGGGGAGGCGACGACGCUAACAGUAGCGGGGGAGGCGACGACGCUAACAGUAGCGGGGGAGGCGACGACGCUAACAGUAGCGGGGGAGGCGACGACGCUAACAGUAGCGGGGGAGGUGACGACGCUAACAGUAGCGGGGGAGGUGACGACGCUAACAGUAGCGGGGGAGGUGACGACGCUAACAGUAGCGGGGGAGGUGACGACGCUAACAGUAGCGGGGGAGGUGACGACGCUAACAGUAGCGGGGGAGGUGACGACGCUAACAGUAGCGGGGGAGGUGACGACGCUAACAGUAGCGGGGGAGGUGACGACGCUAACAGUAGCGGGGGAGGUGACGACGCUAACAGUAGCGGGGGAGGUGACGACGCUAACAGUAGCGGGGGAGGUGACGACGCUAACAGUAGCGGGGGAGGUGACGACGCUAACAGUAGCGGGGGAGGUGACGACGCUAACAGUAGCGGGGGAGGCGACGACGCUGACAGUAGCGGGGGAGGCGACGACGCUAACAGUAGCGGGGGAGGUGGCGACGCUAACAGUAGCGGGGAAGGCGACGACGCUAACAGUAGCGGGGAAGGCGACGACGCUAACAGUAGCGGGGAAGGCGACGACGCUAACAGUAGCGGGGGAGGUGACGACGCUAACAAUAGCGAGAGCAGCGAGGCAAAUAGUUGUAUUAGUGGCAACAACACUAACGGUAGCAGUUUGUUUACAAAUGUAUUAAACACUUCAGGAGCUCCGAAGCACCACAAAGGUUCUUUAUGA